AUGCACUUGGGAAUUAAGGACGUCAAUAGGAAUUCUCAGAAAAAUUAUUCUAGUAUGACUAGCGAGGAGAGACUAAACCUGAGGAAGAGAAUCAUACAAGAUGCCCUAACUUUUGCGUACAACUUUUCCUAUUCCAAUUUUUCCAAUUAUCAGUAUUUCUCCCCUAUGUAUGCUACCAGCACGGAGGAGCUAAAAAACCUGCAAAAUUUCGUCAAAGAAGUAAAGCUGGACAAUAGUAAAAAAGAAGAAAUGAUCAAGCUAGCUAGACAAAGGAUCCCCCUUUAUUAUUUCCCUUUCAGUAACAUGUACAGCGAAGGAGAGCUCAAGUACUUCGAGAAUUGCAUCGUCCCCUAUGUGAACAAGCAAGAAGAAAUUAAACAAAUGCAUAAGUAUCUCUCUAACACGUAUCAAAACUACGUUAUUUACAACAAUAUCUACCAAUUGUGGGCAGAGGAACUGGAGUCCUUAAACCAGUUGAUCCUUUUUGAUGCGUAUAGAAAAAAAGUUAAGCAGCAAAGCGACCCAGUAUUGGCAGAAAACCAAGAAAAAAUACACAUUAAAAAAAUUGAAAAAAUCAAGAGGAGGAUUCGAAUGCACAUCUACAAGGAUGGCGAAGUGCCCAAUGAACCCUCACAAAACUCGCAGGAAUGUAUUAUACAGGCGGAAGGCACAAAAAAGGCAAAUAUCAAUUUUGACGACUGGCUGUGA